GGCAGUGGGCGGGGCCCGUCACGGCUGUCGUCUUGGGUGCGAUUUUUUUCUCCCCCUUUUUUUACCCUCCCGUUUUUUUCUUUUCUUUUUUUUUCCCUAUCCUUUUUUUGUGAAUGAAAAAAGGAGGUCGCGAGCGGUCCCUGGGACUGCAGCGCCAGGCGUCUUCACGGCAGCGCCUUCGCCGCGGGCCCGGGCGCGUAGCGGCGGCGGCCUCGCCCCUCUCCCGGCGCCCCUGCGCGCCGCCCGCAGCCUCCGCAGCCCGGCUCCGCGCGCCGCCGUGACAUUGGGCGCCCGGGGCGCGGGGCGAUGCUGAUCCGGAAGGGGCAGCGGCUGCAGUGCAGCGCGCGCGUCCGUUCCUGGGCCCACGUCCGGCCUGGGCUGCCCUGCUGGAGUUUCUGAGUGGCUGCGAGCUGGCCGGGAGGCUGGAGCCCAGCAGCUGCGCGGCGGCGCCGGUGUGGUCCCAACUUGCAGGCGCGGAGGGACCCCUGACAUUUCACUAAAAUGAGCGUGCUCAGCAGGAAGAGAUGUGUUCCUCACGCUAGAAGCCACCCCGUCACAUGUAGUGGUGUCCCAUUUAAUGGAUUCUGACAUGGAUUAUGAAAGGCCAAACGUAGAGACCAUCAAGUGCGUUGUGGUGGGGGACAACGCCGUGGGCAAGACCAGGCUCAUCUGUGCCCGUGCUUGCAAUGCCACCCUCACCCAGUACCAGCUGCUGGCCACGCAUGUGCCCACAGUGUGGGCCAUCGACCAAUAUCGUGUGUGCCAGGAGGUGCUGGAACGCUCCCGAGACGUGGUAGAUGAUGUCAGCGUCUCUCUGCGCCUCUGGGACACCUUUGGAGACCACCACAAAGACCGUCGCUUUGCUUAUGGGAGAUCUGAUGUGGUGGUUCUGUGCUUCUCCAUUGCCAACCCCAAUUCCCUCCACCAUGUCAAGACCAUGUGGUACCCAGAAAUCAAACACUUCUGCCCCCGAGCACCUGUCAUCUUGGUGGGCUGCCAGUUGGACCUGCGCUACGCUGACCUGGAGGCUGUCAACAGGGCUAGGCGACCCUUGGCUAGGCCCAUCAAACCUAAUGAAAUCCUGCCCCCAGAGAAGGGUCGGGAGGUGGCCAAGGAGCUGGGCAUCCCCUACUAUGAGACCAGCGUGGUGGCCCAGUUCGGCAUCAAGGACGUCUUUGACAACGCCAUCCGAGCUGCACUCAUCUCCCGCCGCCACCUGCAGUUCUGGAAGUCCCACCUCCGCAAUGUGCAGCGGCCUCUGCUGCAGGCACCCUUCCUACCCCCUAAGCCACCGCCCCCCAUCAUCGUGGUGCCCAACCCUCCCUCCAGCAGCGAGGAGUGCCCCGCCCACCUCCUGGAGGACCCGCUCUGCGCGGACGUCAUCCUGGUGCUGCAGGAGCGGGUGCGCAUCUUUGCCCACAAGAUCUACCUCUCCACCUCUUCCUCCAAGUUCUAUGACCUGUUCCUCAUGGACCUGAGUGAGGGGGAGGUGGGGGGCCCCUCGGGGCCAGGGGACACCCACCCCGAGGACCACCAGGGCCACCCUGAUCAACACCACCACCAUCACCACCACCACCAUGGGCGAGACUUCCUACUCCGAGCAGCCAGCUUUGAUGUGUGCGAGAGCGUGGAUGAGGCUGGGGGCUCUGGUCCUGCUGGCCUCCGUGCUUCCACCAGCGACGGGAUCUUACGGGGCAACGGAACAGGGUACCUGCCAGGCAGGGGUCGUGUGCUGUCUUCCUGGAGCCGAGCUUUUGUGAGCAUCCAGGAAGAGAUGGCAGAAGAUCCUCUCACCUACAAAUCCCGGCUGAUGGUGGUGGUGAAGAUGGACAACUCCAUCCAGCCGGGGCCCUUCCGGGCUGUCCUCAAGUACCUGUACACGGGGGAGCUGGAUGAGAAUGAGCGUGACCUCAUGCACAUUGCCCACAUUGCUGAGCUGCUCGAGGUCUUUGAUCUGCGCAUGAUGGUGGCCAAUAUUCUCAACAAUGAGGCCUUCAUGAACCAGGAGAUCACCAAGGCCUUCCAUGUCCGCCGGACCAACCGGGUUAAGGAGUGCUUGGCAAAAGGCACCUUCUCAGAUGUGACCUUCAUCCUGGAUGAUGGCACCAUCAGCGCCCACAAGCCCCUGUUGAUUUCCAGCUGUGACUGGAUGGCUGCCAUGUUUGGGGGGCCAUUUGUGGAGAGCUCCACCCGGGAGGUGGUGUUUCCCUACACAAGCAAGAGCUGCAUGCGGGCCGUGCUGGAAUACCUCUACACCGGCAUGUUCACCUCCAGCCCCGACCUGGAUGACAUGAAGCUCAUCAUCCUAGCCAACCGCCUCUGCCUGCCACACCUGGUUGCCCUCACAGAGCAGUACACAGUGACUGGGCUGAUGGAAGCGACCCAGAUGAUGGUGGACAUCGAUGGGGACGUCCUUGUGUUCCUGGAACUGGCUCAGUUCCACUGUGCAUACCAGCUGGCCGACUGGUGUCUCCACCACAUCUGCACCAACUACAACAACGUGUGCCGCAAGUUCCCCCGAGACAUGAAGGCCAUGUCCCCAGAAAACCAGGAGUAUUUCGAGAAGCAUCGGUGGCCACCUGUGUGGUACCUGAAGGAGGAAGAUCAUUACCAGCGGGCACGGAAGGAGCGUGAGAAGGAGGACUACCUCCAUCUCAAGCGGCAGCCCAAGCGGCGUUGGCUCUUCUGGAACAGUCCAUCCUCCCCAUCUUCCUCGGCAGCCUCCUCCUCAUCCCCGUCUUCCUCCUCAGCUGUGGUCUGAGAUGCUGCCACCUUCUUCUGACCCUGCUGCUGUUGUCCCCAUCCGCCCUCACCCCUCUGCUCUUCUGCAUCACCCCAUCCACCUUACAGGGACCGGGGGGCCCACAUAACCAGGACCCAGAGGGUGGAGCUCUUCUUACCAGCCACCGUGGCUCAGCCAGAGAGGAGCUGAGCCCUGUGGAGCAGAACGGGAACCACCUGCAGAGGUCCCCAGACCCAAAGCAGGACAGGAGACAACUGCUUGGAGGAGCGAAGAGCCCUGGCAUUUUAUCUCUGGGUUUGAGAGCCCUAGAGUCAAAGGGAAAGCCUCCCAGCCUCAGGGCUUCUCUGCGUGUCUUGGUCGCUGCUCUGGCCAGGGAGGCAGCCCCACUCCCAGCAAGCAGAAGUGAUCCUCGAGGGUCCUGCCCCUGUUGGCCAUGUCUUUCCACCGAUGGACUUGAGUGUUGCAUUUGUUUUGUGGGCAUUUCCACACGAAGCCUACUCACAUCCUCACUGGAGAAGUCAGGGUAGAAAUUGAGCCUUCAGAGCCCAACUCAAGGCUUCUACAUCCUGGGGUGCAGCUGCAAAAGGCCAGACGUGGAAAGGCCUGUAUCCCGCCAGCGUCCCUCCAUCCCAGGGGGCUGUGCUGGCACAGACCUGAGAAUGGGGACACAGGUCAUUCGGAGCUCCGGGCCUGGAAGCAGUGCCUCUUGGUGCAACAAGAAACUUCUCCCUCACCCCCUCCUUUACCCUCAGAUUUGGAGAUGGGAACCAAAGGAAGCAGCUGGGACAGGUGGAGAAGGAAGUAGGAAAAGUAGGAAUGAGUGGACGGCGACCCCGUGCUCCUCAGGGCCCUCCCCUGCCUCUGGGUGGCACUGCUUUUUAUAGGGUGGGGCAAAAUUAGCAAAAAACAAAAACCAACAAUAACCAAACUGAAACCAAAACAAAAAAUCACCAACAAACACUCUGUCCUCUAUCCCUCCAAAGAAUGAAAAUCAGAAAAAGCC